CUGGUAGAACAUUAUUGCUUUUAUUUGAAUGUCAAAUUAAUAUUAAUAGUGAGUAGUCUGUGGAUACAAAUCAAAGUUCAAUGACUCUAUUAGUGAGAAGAAUUCAGCGUCCUUAUUGUGAAAAUGUCGAGAGUACAGAUUGCUACUACUGAAAUAAGAGCCAGAGCCCUAAGCUCUGAAAGGGGCUUCCGAGAUGAUCCUAGUCCCGAUAGACUACAGAGAACCAGAAGCCGAGAUCGAGAUAGACCUGCCAAUGAUUCUGAUUCUAAUAUGUCCAGCACAUUGGACAUUGUGCCAUCAAACCCUACCGAUACGAAUCUGUUCAUGAUGGGUCAAGUGGACAAUGUUAUGAUGAAUAUGUUUAUGAACCCGGGAAUAAUGGGAAUGAACAAUUAUAUUGUUCCUCCAAUGAUGACGCCAAACCCGAAUUUAAUGCCUCCGGGAGAUGAGACUUAUACAGUGGGAAUAAAUUCAGUUAAAGAAAUCGUCCACUUUAAGUCUUGCACAUUGUUCCCACCUAGUCCUCAUGCCCCACCACCUACUACAAGAGACAGGCCUCCUGGAUGCAAAACUGUGUUUGUUGGCGGUCUGCCAGAGAAAAUAACUGAAGAAAUUAUUCAGGAAAUAUUUGAAAGAUGUGGGGAAAUUACCACUUUAAGACUCAGUAAGAAAAACUUUUGCCAUGUAAGAUUUGUUUUCGAAGCCUCAGUUGAUUCUGCAAUAUAUUUGUCUGGAUACAGAAUUCGAAUUGGUUCUAAUGUCGACCCUGGUUAUAAUGGUAGGCUGCACGUUGAUUAUGCACAGGCUCGAGAUGAUCAGUAUGAGUGGGAAUGUAGGCAAAGACAAUUGGAAAGGGAAAGAAGACACCGAGAAAGAAUGGAAGAGGAGAGAAUGAAGCGACCCUCUCCACCUCCAGUUACGCACUACUCUGAUCAUGAAGCCAGUAAUAUUUCUGACAAACUUAAACAUGAUGAAUCGUUUACAAAAGCGCUUCAGGUUGUAAUAACGUGGUUAGAUAGAGGAGAUUGCAACAAGAAGAAUGCCAAUUCUUUCUAUUCUAUGAUACAAUCAACAAACUCACACGUUAGACGGCUGCUCACGGAAAAGUCUCACUAUGAAGAUGAAUUGAAAAAAGCCAAGGAUUUGCUCAAGGGAAGAAUGCAAGGAAUUCUCUUACAAUUCAGUCACAUUGAGCGAUUGUUCGAGGCUGCCCAUCAUAAGAAAGUCUGGGACCAUUUCACUAAGGCACAGAGAAAGAACAUCGAAGGUUGGAAAAAACAGUCGUUGGAAAUAAAGAACUUUCAAUUGGAAGACUUACAAGAGAAGCAGAAGGAUGAUGAUGAAAUGGACGUGUCAGAUGGCGAUGAACCACCGCGGAAAAGAAGUCGAGAUAUUUCCAAUGAGGAGCGGAAUAAUUUAAAGGACGAAAAUGAUAGCUUAAAAUGUCAAGUUGAAGCCUACAAAAACGAGGUUGAAGUAAUUAAGAUAGACAAUAAAAAAAUAUUGGAAGAGAAAGAAUUGCAAACAAAAAUAUUGCAACAGGCACUACAAGGCAUGCAACAGCAACUAAUGGAAAGCAAGCGAAAAUUUUCCAUAGCUGACCAACGUGUUAAAAUGAUGGAAUCUAGAUAUAAAAAUGAUAAAGCAUCUAAAGUAACUGAAAUCAUUAACUUAGACGACGACGAUGUUGACCAGGCGGACAAUGCGAGUGUUCAGUGUCAAUCAGAGAGCAGCAAUGCAUCGGCCCUUUCAAGUGCAGAAGCCAAAUUGAUCGGGAUCAUAUCCGUGUUUCUUAAUGUGCAUCCCUUUGGUGCGGGGUUGGAUUAUAUCACUUCAUAUGUUAACAAGUCCAUACAUAAUCUCCGACCUUCUGACAUUGAAACAUUAAUGGUAAAAUAUCCAACCGUGUUUAAACAAGAUUUAAUCGGAAUAGGUGCCAAUAUGGAAAGAAGAUGGAUAUUAACAGUUUUUGGAAAAACUCAAUCCAUUAGGAAAAAUAAUGCCAGAAGCAGAGGAGAUAGUGAAUAGUCAAUAUUGUGAGAAAGAAAUUGAAGAAAAGUGAAAUUAGGGUUUCGUUUUCAAAGUUACAAAUGUGAUCAUACAGCAAUAUAUGAAGGUUUUUGGAUGGUAGAACA